CACUUUAUUUCUAAAAGCAACGGUGUAGGGAUUGUGUCUGGUCCCCGUGUCGUGGGUUUUUGGUCCGGUGUUGUGACAUGUCAGAGGCUCGCAGACUUUUAUGGGCUUCAGCGCCGACGUCAGGACGCUGCGCUUCACCGUGAAGAUGGCGGAGGCUGCGGAGACACCACAACACCGGUUUUUCUGUCACUGCUGUAAAUGUGAGACUAACCCCAAACUCCCGGAUUUCAUUUGCCCCAGAUGUGACUCUGGCUUCAUUGAGGAGGUGGCAGAAGACUCCAGUCUCCUGCAGGACAGCACAGCAUCAGCGCCCAGCGACGACUCAAACUCAUUGUUCUCUGAAUUAUGGCAGCUGCUGUUUAUGGAGGGCUCUGCUCUGCUGUCGCAUCCGCCCUCCUCCGAGUUCGACCCGGACGACAGCGAGCAGGUAUCUGCUAGUCAGAGUGGUCCUUCUUCAGCCUCGCCAGGCGCUGCAGAGGCCAGAGAACCAGUGACUUCUUCCAACCCUGAACAGGAGAGGUCGUCCAGGCCUGAGCAGAGGCCUGUAGUGGAAGGGAUUGUGCAGCAGUUCUUGGCCGGCCUGUUUGCCAACAACGGAAACCCCGGUGCUGCACCAGCUGCACUAUCCAGCAUGCUGCAGUUGCACUCGAACCCAGGGGAUUAUGCGUGGGGUCAGGGAGGUCUUGACGCUGUCAUCACGGAGUUAUUAGGACAGUUGGAGAACACAGGUCCUCCCCCAGCUAAAAGGGAAAUGAUCUCAUCCCUGCCAACAGUUUGCAUCUCUCAAGAACAGACAGGUGAUUGCAGACUGGAGUGUCCAGUUUGCAGGGAGGAGUAUUCAUUAGGGGAGUCUGUCAGGAAACUUCCCUGCCUCCAUUACUUCCACAGUGAAUGCAUAGUGCCUUGGCUGGAGCUGCACGAUACCUGCCCAGUGUGCCGGAAAAGCCUCGAUGGUGUCGAUAACAGCCUCCCGCCCACAUCAGAGUCCCCAGAGGCCCAGUCCAUCAGGACAGAGCAACAGGAGAGGCAGGCAAUCUGAGAAACAGGCCAACAACUCUACCUCCUUUUUUAAGAGACACGCUCCUCACCUGAGGCCUUUCCCUCUGCACCGACUGCUUUUAGAUAGAAACACACAUCCCAGUCAUAAUUCACAAUUCCGACUCUCACUCGAUUCAUUCAUCUCUGCUAAAGGACCUUUGUGUUUUCUACUGAAGCAUAUUCACAGAUUUUUAUGCUACACCACGCACAGCAGGAUCCAGCGGUUUGCUGACGAGAUGCGGAGGUGGUGUGUCCUUCUCGCUGCACUGCCCUCUUAGGUGCCUUUCUGAAUGACUGACUUUGAUGUCAUGAACUAAUCGCCGCUGAGCUGCCGGUGGUUGUCAAAAUGACGGGAACUCACAGAGUUAUGGAGUAACACAGUUGCAUUAUUCUUUUGGUAAGACAGUUUCUUAAUGCAGUAUUUUGUUAACCUUUUACCAAAGUUGGUAUUAAACCCCAAACCCUGUGA